AUGGCUACUAACGGUCCUCCGGCUGGGCCCCCACCACCUGGGCAACAGCAACCGCAGCAAAUUCCACCACAGAUUCUGCAACUCAUGACAAUGGAGGCGCAGAAGCGUGGUAUGACUCUCGAGGAGUUUCAGGCUUUUCAGCGCAGAACCAUCGAAGAGGAGGCACAGAAACUCGGUAUCACGCCCCAAGAAUUCGUCCAGAGGAAACAAGCCGAAGCGCGAGAGCAGAUGAUGAAGCAGAGGGCCGCUGCCGAAGCCCAGGGACAGGCGCCUGGCCAGGCUCCUGGUCAACCACCGGCGCAGGGUCAGGGACAACCCCAACCUCAACAACGCAUGCAACAACUCGAUAUCACCAAGCCUGUUGAGGCGAAGCCAGAAGCGCUGGCAGUUGCCAAAUUCUUGCGAGCGCAGAAUCUGAAGACGAGAACGUGCAUCUUCAACGGCCAGCGCAAGGAUAUGUUCAAGGUCAAGCGCGCCCUCCGGGCUUUACAGUCAGACGCCUACAAGAAGGCACAGAAGAAAGACCCGCUUAUGCCCAAGGUCGAAAACGAACUUGAAGCCCGUAACGCCCUCCAGAUGCUGCCCCUCUCGAUGCUCGCUCUCCGCGUUUCCAAAAAGGAUCCUCACGAGGGCCACAACCAUGCCAAACCCAAGAAAGAGAAACGGAUCAAGGGGCUGUGGGAAGUCAAGAUCGAGCACAAGCAGGAGUUUGAACCCAUGAUGCACUAUGUGUGGGUUUAUGAAGGCUCGCAAUGGAAGACCAAGGUCUGGGCGGGUCUCGCUGUUCUGGCUGCCUUUACGGUGGUGCUUUUCCCUCUGUGGCCCCUCUUCAUGCGCCAGGGCGUCUGGUACCUCUCAGUGGCCGCCAUGUGUCUACUGAUAGCGUUCUUCGGGUUGGGCAUUGUUCGACUUAUUCUCUUCUGCCUUACGGUUUUCACCAUACCACCAGGUUUGUGGAUCUUCCCGAACCUGUUUGAGGAUGUUGGCUUCUUCGACAGCUUCAAACCGGUUUAUGAGUGGGGCGACAGCAAGAAAAAGAAGAAGUCCAAGAAGAAGACCGCCGCUAUUGAGGGUGCAGCGGAUGCACCUGCGGCGGAAACUAAGGAGCAUGCUCCAACUUCGACGGAGACAGCCGCGCCUACCGCUAAUGGCACGGCUGUCAGCUCGGGCGCGCAGCCGGCCCCCACGGUUGCGCCUGCGAAGCGGCAUGCAACAGUUGAGGAGGUUGAGGAUGACUGA